GGAGCAAAGGCAGAAAAGGAUAUUUUUUUUUGUCAUCCAUUAUCACUGCGUUCUGUGUGUGUGUAUGUGUGUGUGUGUGUGUGUGUGUGUGUGUGUGUGUGUGUGUGUGUGUGUGUGUGUGUGGGCGCUAGCUUAUAAAUGGCAGAAGUAGCAUCAGAUUCUCAGAAGCUUUCAGAUUAUGCCUUAGGGUGAGUGCCGGGGUUCUCUCUCUCUCUCUCUCUCUCUCUCUAGAACAUUAUCGUCACUGGAAGGAAAGUUUAUAAUAUUAUAAUAAUUCUUCUCAGUUAUGUAAAUCAGGGUUGCUGAGUAAGGGACGAAAGGAAAAAGCAAGGGGAAAAGUGGAUCCCAAGAAGAGAUGGAGGAGAACAUGGUGGUGUUUCCGGUGACAUGUGUUACAGCGCUCUGGUGGGCAGCGAGCCUCGGGGUGGUUGUCGCCACCAAUUCUCACGGUCUGCCGCCUGUCCCUGCCCACACCAGUGCCGGGAGCUCAUCGGGGCCCUGCAUCCCUGCCGACACCGCCGCUCGUGCUGUGAUCACCCCGGCAUAUCCGUCCAGCCAGACUCGAUCACUCAGCCGUCUAGGACGCAAGGAACGCGGCCAGGGUGAGGAUUCCCUGGAGCUUCCCGUUCCCUCCCAUCGCCUGAGCGAGGCGGACGGCGCUCACCACUACCUGUCCUCCCUCUCAAAGGAUCUUGCAUGCGGGACUUACGAAAACAAGGUGCUGGUGGUGUGGAAGAAGUUUCUCUCAGACACCGCUAGGGAAGCUGAGUCAGUGGAGCAGGGGAGAAGUCCAGCAGUGACAACAGAGGCGGUGGAAGUGAGGAGCUGCGGUACAGAUUCCCUCCACGAACGCCUAAAAGUGUUGCCGAAUCUAGUCCCUUCUGACGGCCCCCACCAUCCAACCCUUGUAAUCCUUAUGUGCCGGCAGCAAAACAUGACCAGAAUCGUAGAGAUGUUAAAAAGAGCGACACGUGGAGAAGGAGGUAGAAGAGUAGGAGGAGGCAGAAUAAUUAUCUUCUCACUCGUCACGAACAGCAAAGGAACUACACGCUGGGAGAAGUUUCAAGAAGGGGACGAAAGUGAAGAGCUCAGCAGUAAGUCGAGGAGCUACCUGAUGGAGAUGUCAUCGGAUCCACGCUCACUCCCUCCCGCGGACCUCCAGGGGAAGAAGUUCAAGGUGUCGGCGGUGGAUAACUGGCCCUUUUUCGGAUUACGUAAGGGGGCAGGGGGACAAGUAGGGGCUGAUGCCGGGAUCGACGUCAGCAUCCUCAACACCCUGAGUCAGGCCCUUAACUUUACUUUUGCUUAUUUGCCUUUCUGUUUCUUUCUUGCGUUGUCUUGCCUCUCCGUAUUUUUCUUUUCAAUUUUCUCUCUCUCUCUCUCUCUCUCUCUCUCUCUCUCUCUCUCUCUCUCUCUCUCUCUCUCUCUCUCUCUCUCUCUCUCUCUCUCUCUCUCCUCUGUUUAUUCCUCUCUUCCCCUUCUUCCCUCUGGUCUUCAUUUAUUCCCCCUCUUCUCUUUCUCCUCGUAUUCAUUUUGUUUCCAUUUCUUUGAUUCCUUGUGGCUCCUUCAACCGUUCCCUCAUCGCCUCCCGUCCUCCUCUUGGCUUUCACUUCCUACCUCUCUUGCUCUUUGUUACCGUGGCGGAUGCAGGUACGAGGUGGUGCUAGAGGAGGGUGGUCAGUGGGGAGGACCACAGGCUGACGGUACGGUGACUGGAAUGAUUGGAAUGGUGGCUCGAGGUGAAGCACACUUGGCCAUUAAUGAAAUCACCAUCACAGCCACCAGGGAGACAGUGGUGGACUUCACGCGGCCUUACUUCAUGGAGUCCUCGGCCUGCACCUCCCCAGCGCCCAAGGAGAGGAGCCGCGCCUUCGCCGUGCUGUCCCCCUUUACCCUCCAGGUUUGGCUGAGCGUCGGGGUGAGUGUGAUGGUGAUUGGCUUAGUGCUGUGGGUGGUGAGAGCGCUAAUUGGCCAGUACUGCGAAGAGGGAGUGGCAAUCCCCUUGCAGGACCUGACUUUCAACAUGUACCGCAGCCUGGUGGUUCAGAGCAACCGCUUGCCCGCCCUUCUGUGGCCGCUGCGCCUCGUGUUCGCCGGCUGGUACCUCUACUGCUUUUAUGUGAGCGCUCUGUAUUCCGGCACCCUCACCGCCGUGCUGGCCCUCCCCGUCUAUGAGAAGCCCAUUGACUCCCUCGCUGAUCUCCUUGAGGCGUCCAAACAAGGUUUCUACCCAGUGACCAUCAAAGAAAUUAGCAUCGACUUCCUCUUUCAAAAAGCCACUUCAGGGAUCUACCACCAGAUCGGCCGCUUAAUGACGAGUGACAAGCAUUACGUGGACUCUCCUUCAAACGGUAUCGCCAGGGUGUUGCAAGGGCCAGCUGUCUACAUCGAUGCAAGACUUAGCAUGGAAAUCCAAAUGAUAAUUCAAGGCAGGUGGCACGUGGCUGCUCAUCAUCUCCUCACCAGCCACGUACUGAAUGUGGCACAUGCUUGCCUGACGAGAAGCUUAAGUAGUGUCUGUCUAUGUCGUAGCAAUAUUGUCAGCAAGGGAGUUUCAUGUUAUGUUGCUUAUGAAAGGGAUGUUAUGUAUAGGAUCCUUUGUUGGGAGGGACUGUGUGUGUGUGUGUGUGUGUGUGUGUGUGUGUGUGUGUGUGUGUGUGUGUGUGUGUGUGUGUGUGUGUGUGUGUGUGUGUGUGUGUGUGUGUGUGUGUGUAAUAAUAAUAAUAAUGAUAAUAAUAAACGGUUUAUUAUUUUAGGCAGUUAACAAACUGAAAAUGUACAGAGGGGGUGGGAAAAUACUUAACAUUAAUCCUAAAGGUAAGUAUAAUCUAGAAGGGAUUGUGUGUGUGUGUGUGUGUAUGUGUGUGUGUGUGUGUGUGUGUGUGUGUGUGUGUGUGUGUGUGUGUGUGUGUGUGUGUGUGUGUGUGUGUGUGUGUGUGUGUGUGUUUGUGUGUGUGUGUAUGCGUCUUUAUAUAGCAUUGCGCAGGUGUAAUCUUUCAUUGCUCAACUGAACUGCAAUGAACCUGUUUGAGAACAUAAUAUUUAUCAAUCGUUCUAUUUCCUCUUAUUUUUUUUUUUUUUUUCGUUUGAUAUUUCUCGUGUAUUAAUUAAUUACGCCCUGUUCUUGGUAAUCUUAAUUAACGCUUAUGAUGCUGUAAAUGGCAUGAAUUAAAUCAUUUCCUAUGGUACACAAUUUUAUCUUGCCUGAAGGUUGCGAUAUUUUUACCCGCUGCUGUUCCUGAUAACUCGUGUUU